AUGGCUGCCGCAAACCCAGUAACCUCAUCUCAGCCGGAGACUCAAACCCCUAGCUCACGACCCAUGAGUAGUGUCGACAUCGGUCUCAUGGUAGGGGCGAUUGUUUUGUUCUUCGUUAUCAUCACAUCUGUAUUCGUCGUUCGAGGUAUUGACGAACGUCGCCGUGCUAAGCGAUUGCUUCAAACAGUCGAAGACGGCAACGCUGAAAGCCAGUACGAGCACCAGGCAAAUCAGGGGACAAACGUCACCGAACCUGAACAGAUCGGAUCUACCUCGAUGCGUCACACGCGUCUCUGGGAGCGUCGCGCACGCGCUCGCCUACUCCGCGCUCUCAGGUUUCCCGUUCACCCCAGCGCCGAAACCCGCACGAUUCACGUUCACCCGCCCGCUCUCUAUCGCCUCAGCGUCGGAACGGUCGCUACAGGAGCCGAAGCCCAAGCCCAAGCCACAGUCGAUCCAGAAGCCCAAGCCGCAGCCGCAGCCGAGGUCAUUGUUGUUGAGAGACUGUCCAAAAACAUUAAUGAGCAGCAUCUCUACGAGAUUUUCGGGCAGUUUGGGCGAGUUAAGGACCUCGAUCUGCCGAUGAAUAGAACUUUUGGAACCAACCGUGGUACAGCAUACAUACUUUACAACUACGAAGACGAUGCCGAAGCCGCGAUUGCCCAUAUGCAUGAGGCGCAGGUGGACGGCUCAGCUAUCAAUGUUUCUAUAGUACUGCCUCGGCGCAAGCUCUCUCCUGCACCUCCAACAGCUCGCCGUGGAGCCAACAUUGACCCUAGAGUUCCCUUUUCAGGAGGACGUGGGGGUCCACCUGGUGCGGGCGUGGGAGCAAAUAACGGCAUGAGUGGCGGAGGAGGCCGCCGUCGCAAGUCACCGGGAAGUCGGUAUGGUCCAAGAUCCGAUGUGUACCGCCCGGGAUCCCGUUCACCUUCCCGAUCGUCUGUCGGGCCUCCUUCUCGUACUGGGGGCGGCCGGUAUCGCAGCCGGUCCAACAACUCUUACUCAUCCAGAUCGCGCUCACGAUCCCCGGGACCAAGACGAAAACCGGCUGGCCGGCACGGCGAGAACGAUGCGAGACGUCGCGGGAGUAUCGAUAGCUAUGGCGAGCGAAGCCGAUCCCGUAGUCGAGGACGUGGUCCCCGAUGA